GGCGGCGCCGCUGCCCCUCGACGACGCCGCGCGCGGCGCCGCCGCGCGCGUCGCCGCCGUCCGCGUCCGCGGCGGCGCGGCCGUCGCCGUCGCGGGCGCGCUGUCGCUCUGGGGCGGCGCGGCGGCGCGAGGCGCGGCGUUCCUCGACGGCGGCGCGGCGGCGGCGCACGUCAUCGGCGGCGGCGGCGGCGGCGCCGUCGCCGUCGCGGGCGCGCUGCGCUUCGCCGGCGCCGCGAACGGGAGCGUCGCGGGCGCCGCGGCGCUCCGCGUCGACGUCGCCGCGGGCGGCGCGCUCGCCGGCGCGACGAACGUCACGGUCGGCGCGGGCGCGGCCCUCGACGUCGUCGGCGCGGGUGCGCUCGCCCUCGCGUCGCUCGCCGCGGCGCCGGGCGCCGCGAUCCGCCAGCGCACGGCCGGCGCGACGGCCGCGAUCGAAUGCGAGCGGCUCGCGCUCCGCGGCGCGACGGCGUCCGCGGCGGGGCGCCUCGUCCUCAACACCACAUCACUCACGGCGGCGAACGCGACCUUCGCCGCCGCGCCGUCCGCCGGCGGCGGGGCGCGGCCCGUCGUCGAGCUCGCGCGCGGCGGCGCGCUCGCGGACUGCGCCGUCGCCGCCGGCGUCGCGGUCGAGAACGCGGGCGCCGCGGCGCUCGCCGGCGCCCUCGCCGUCGCGGCGGGCGGCGCCUUCGUCAACGCCGGAUCCGCGUCCGGCGCCGCGGCCGUGUCCGGCGGCGGCACCUUCGCGAACCGCGGGUCGCUGUCGGCCGCGCUCGACUGCGGCGCCGCGUUCGCCAACUCCGGCGACGUGGCCGUCGCGACGGCCCUCGUGCUCCGCGGCGGCGGGUCGAGCAACGGCACGGUGACCGUGGGCGCCGGCGCGACGUGGGAGCUCCGGGGCGGCGCCUACGACCUCUCGCGCGGCGCGGCGGCGGGCGGCGGCGCGGUCGCCGUCCGCGGCGGCGCCGCGGCGGCGCUCCCGCGGCGCCUCGGCGGCCUGGCGCUCGUCGUCGACGGCGGCGGCGCCGCGUCGGCGGCGGGCGGCGCCGCCCUCGGCGCCGCGGCCGUCGCCGGCGGCGGCGCGCUCGCGCUCUCGGGCAACGCGACGGCGGUCGCGGUCGCCGUCCGCGCGGGCGGGCGCCUGGACCUGGCGGGCGCGCCGGCGCUCGGCCGCCUCGACCUCGAGCGCGGCGGCGCC